AUGGGUUUGGAAUGUUACACAGUGUUGGAAUGUAUAGGAGAAGGCUCUUUCGGACGUGUUUUCCGUGGAAGAAGAAAGGAGACUGGACAGAUUGUAGCUAUGAAGUUUAUACCGAAAGUUGGUAAGAGCGAAAACGCUCUUAAAAAUCUCAAACUUGAGAUUGAGAUUAUGCGAUCAAUGCAUCACACUAACAUAAUAGAAAUGCAGGACUCAUUUGAGACAGAAAGAGAGGUUGUUGCAAUUACUGAUUAUGCCGAAGGAGAUCUUUUUCAAAUAAUUGAAGAUGAUGGCCGACUUUCCGAAGAAACGAUCCGUGGCUUGUCAGUUGGUAUCUGCACUUUAUUACCUUCAUGCCAACCGUAUUUUGCACAGAGAUAUGAAGCCACAAAAUAUUUUACUGGUCAAGAUGGUGUUGUUAAGCUUUGUGACUUCGGAUUUGCACGGGUCAUGGGCUGGAAUACAUUAGUUCUGACAUCUAUAAAGGGAACUCCUCUAUAUAUGGCACCGGAGAUUAUUGAAGAAAAACCUUAUGAUCAUACAGCUGACCUAUGGGCAUUGGGUUGCAUAUUAUACGAACUGUUCGUUGGUACUCCUCCGUUUUACACGAACAGUAUCUUUCAACUCGUCAAGAUGAUUACAAAAACUUCUAUUCAAUGGCCUCCAGAUAUGUCUUCUGUUUUCAAGGAUUUUUUGGCUAGGUUGUUGCAAAAAGAUGUACGACAGCGUUUGCAGUGGCCAGACCUUUUGGAUCAUCCAUUUGUCUGCGAUAAGAUUGAAAUUUCUCCGGGUGUUCGUCUUCUUUCUAGUCCAUUAACUCAGCCACUGACUCCAAGUCAGCUAGCAGAAAAAGAAAGACAAAGAUUACUGAUGCUGAGAUCAAAUGGUUCAAGAGUACUAAGACGAGCUGGUGGUGACCAUUUUAGCAAACUCAAGCAGGUAAAAGAAGAAGAUAAGACUGACGACUCCCUGGACCGACGCCGUGGAAAGUCUGUUGUCAGAGAAGUACCAGAAUCAGAUCAAAAAGGGAACGUGGUUGAUAAAAGACAUUCAAAACACAUUUCAGAUAAACCUCCGUCUUCGAAAUAUGGUGAUAAAGAAAAGGUAAAAAGACCCCGAACACAUACAAAGGCUGUUGAGGAGCAGGAGGAACUUGUUGAAAGACCUAAUUCGGCAGACACUAACCUGGGCGGGAACGAAUCGUCUACCCAAAGUUGUCCUGCCAGACGACCUCAAAGUUGUGAUGCCUUAGAAUCCAAAAAGAAAACCUCAGAAUGGUCUCAUCUUGAAGAUAUUCCUAUUGAGCCUCCAACUCCAAGGGAAAAUCGAAUAUCUGCCGAUUACGAUCGCGAAAAUGCAGUUCGAGAGUAUCUGCAACUAAGUAGUCAGGCACAUUGUAACACAAAUCCCAAACAACAUUCUGUAGAAAAAGACGAUCCAUUGGUUGAUAAUACACUAAAAGAUCAAUCAGUAGAAAAAAAUUAUACAGAACAUUUUCACUCAACAGUUAGAAAACAAAAUUCGCUUGAUACAUUUGAUUCAGUGUCAAAAUCAAGUCAUUCAGUAAAGUAUACUGGUUGGUGGUUAAGAGCUAGUGCAGAAGCCUGGGAACGUUUAGCUGAUGCUACAGAUAUUGAGUUUCCCCAUCCACCUGGUUGUGAAACAGAAAAUCCUCGACAUUCUAUAGAAAUCAGACAACCGAAACGAAGAACAGCACUAAGUUUACUUUGUGACAGUGAAUUCGGUCAACGGCUGUCAUUGAGAUUGGCAUCGGCCUCGGUUAUUGAUGAAAGGGCUGCAUGGGAGUCUAUUCACUCAUGGGCAUCAGUUUUAGCUGAAAAUCCUUCUCCAAAAGAUUAUAUCCGUCCAGUUUCUGCUGGAACAGCUGUAUCGAAAGAGUCAUCAGGUGAUGCAGUAGCCGGACUCGAAGCAGCUGCUUAUUUAAGGACUUUACUUCGCCUAGUCACAAAUCUAAUUACUGUCAAAUGCGAUGUUUCGAUUAUUGUACGGUUUUGUGAAGUAACUGAGUUACCGGUGCAAUUGAUUAAAUUAAUGCAAUCAUUUCUAAAUUUUACGAAAUUACAUGAGAAAGUGUGGUAUGAACAAAUUCUCCUAGAUAUAAUUAUUGCAAUGAACGCCUAUUUUGUGAGUGAAAUUGGUCAAAGACAAAAUGUUCCACAUACGGUCUUACAAAGUUACACAGAACAUGCCCUUUGUUUUAUUGAGCUUGUACCGAGGUUAGUGAAUCAAGAUUGUGACAAAGAAUUACACUUACGUGAUCAAACUCUACUAUGUAUUCGUUAUUUAAUUGAACGUAUGGUUGAAAGGCCAUCUGCAGUUGUUGAGGAAUUUUUUAGUGAAUUAAAGAAACAUCAUCUUCAAACUAUAAAAACACUAGUAUUGAUGCCAUCCGUCAGUCGGUAUAGUAUAGUUGAUGCUGAUAUUAAUCGCUUAGACGAUAUUCGUGAACACGCUAUGGCAGCAUUGACUGCUUCACAUGAUAAUAGUAACAAUUCUGUUGGGGGGACAAAACCAGGGAACUACUCUAUUCGAACACAUGAUAUUGCUAUGUACAUCGCAAACCAACUUUGUCAACCGGAAUUGGAAACGCAUUUACGUGUGUAUAUUUCCUAUCUAUGGGUUAGUCGUCUGUGUAUGCACACAGCAAAAGUUUUUUAUGAUUGCGUACAGGCUGAUACUUUAUUUGCUCACUAUUGUAUGAAAAAGUUUCCGGUAUAUUUGGAAGCCUUGCUAGACUUGUUACGAGGGAGUGUUUCAGUAUCAAAAUCUGAUCGUGUAACAUUAGUUGAAUUAGUGAUGCAUUCAUUAACUGCAUUUAUUAUUCAAUUGGGUCAUGUACCAGAAAUAAUAUUGCAGAACAAGGCACAAUUUUGUAAAAUGCUUGUUGAAUCACAUCUUCCAAGUCAUGCAGCUGCUUCAGCUCUACUUUUAUCUCAAAUCUAUGAACUACAAGAGUACAAUAUUCCAGCUAAACCAAAUGAUAUAGUUCAAGCAAUGUCAUUAAUUCUGGUUUCUCCAAUAGCUCAAAGUCAAUCUGCACGUAGUCGAUUACUAGCUGCUUUAAACGAAUCUACACCAAGAAGUGCAAUCAAUUUAAAAGAGAAUAUAAAUGAUUCACAUAGUGAAUUAGAUCUAUCAAUGACUUUCGGUUUACCACAAAUUUUAUGGCCAGGUAAUCAUGGUUGGCUUGAUGGUUUAUUUAAUUUAGCUCAAAUUAUCUCUACACAGAAUUGGCAAUGUUUAGAACAAAUAUUUGAUCUGCAUAAAUCAACUAAUUCAUCGUCGGAUUCUGAUCACGGUAUUGAUCUGGUCAUGUUAUCACCUAGAGGAAUUUUAUCAGCUUUGAAUUUGGCUGCUACAAUUUUCAGCAAGAAGCCAAAAUUAUGCAUUGAAACGUUAUUAUGUAAUCAAAAAAUACGUCAAAGUUCAUGGGCGGCAUUACAUCCAACCGAUUUAGUAUUAGAUAUACUUAGUUCUUGUGCUCAUUUAUUAUAUUUUCCGUAUAAAAAUGCUGAAGAAGAGUAUCAAAUUUCAUUGACUAAGGUUUAUAUAGAAAACCAUAUGUUAACUCAUUUUAUUCAUUCAUUAUGUCAUAUCUAUAAUUUAACAAAUUCACAUACCUCAUAUAAGAAAAACUCAAAUAAUACCUAUUUAAAUAACACUAUUAUCAAUAAUAAAUGUAAAAAUAUAAUUACAUUAAAAUCAUUAGACAAUGAUCCUGUAUUACUUGCACAUACUCAAUCUAUCCUAAUGAUUGCAUUUAAACUAUGCUGUAAUCCAAUUAGUUUACAUGGUACAGAAAAUUCUGAUGAUAUAUCAAAUCUAUAUGGUCUAUAUGAAACACUUAGUGAAGAAGAAGGAUUAGUUUAUCAAAAAACUUUGGUAAAAGCGACACACGAAUUGAUUCAAUGGUGUUUCAAAUCGCCUAUUAAAGAAAUUAAAUGGAAUGCAUGUGCUUUAUUAUCACAAUUUCUAGCAUUUCGUAUAUUAGAAUUGUCUGAUAGGAAAAGUGAUAAUCAUUCAAUUAAAAUGGAUCAAAUGAAAAUUGUAGAAGAUGAACGUACAGCUGGAAAUUUAGUUUGGUCACUAUUAACACCUGUUGAUCAACCUGCUGUACAAACUCCGCAGAACUUAAUCAACUUUAUUGAAGAUUCUCAUGUUACAUUAAUUGUUCACGGGUUAAUUUUACUUAAUAAUUUAAUGCUAUGUGUGUAUAGUGAAUCAAAUAUGUGUGAAAUUCUACCACAUUUUACAAAUGAAUUACAAUGUCAUCAAAUUUGUCGUUUACAAUUUACUUCAACUAAUAGUCCAAUAUUAAAACGUAAAUAUUUAUCAACAACAUCGUCAUCUUCAUUAAUAUCAUCAUCAAGAACACGUUCAAUUUUAGACGUGAAAUAUUUAACAUGGUACUUUGAUAAACCAUUGAAUAUAUGUAUUAAACAUUUGCAACAUAAUUGUUCAGUGAUUCGUCAGUAUGCAUUAUUAAUUAUUGGUAAUGUAUUAUUUUUAUCUAAUGAAUUAUGUAUGAACAUUGUGUCUGCUUUGCCAAGAAUUGUUUCACUAUUAACUGAAGAUAGUUCAUCUCGUGUUCGAACAAAUGCUGCUACUUGUCUUGGGAAUAUGUGUUAUUACAUAGAUCAAUUGUACGAUUCAAUAUGUAAACAUAAAGUUCUCCACGCGCUUCUUGAGACUGGAUGUCUAGAUGGCGAUCGAAGAGUACAAGAAGCAGCAUUAGCUGCAUUACGAGCUCUUUGUAUUUCAAAUCAUCGUAUACGUAAAGAUUUAUCCAUUAUGAAUACAGUGAAAAAGUUGAAUGAUAUGCAAAUCACCUUAAAACGUAUCAGUACAAAUCGUUCAGGACGUAAAUCAAGCGCUAGAAGUCGUAUGUCAAUCAUUCAACUUGGUUUAAUUGAUUAUGAUGUAAUUUCUCAGCAUGUAACAGCUAUAUGUGAUUUAUUGUGUAUAAAACAAGAAAACAAAUGA